AAACAUUCACACAGCAGACGGCAUGAAGUCGCCCUAUUUCCCUGCGAGAUCGGUGCUUUUUCGCAAAGAGCCAAACGGAGUGACAUACAGAGUCCCGGCUCUGCUCUACCUGCCAAACUCCAGGUCGUUUCUGGCUUUUUGUGAAGAGAGACUCAGUCCGUCUGACUCUCAGGCUCAUCUGCUGGUUAUGAGAAAAGGAACUUUCUACAGGAACUAUGUGGAGUGGGAGGAUAUUUGUGUUCUGGGCACUGCUUUCCUGCCUGGCCACCGCUCUAUGAAUCCCUGUCCGGUGUAUGAUGAGUUCACAGGAACCCUCUUCCUCUUCUUCAUCGCUGUCCUGGGCCACACCUCAGAGUCCUACCAGCUGGUGACGGGGAAGAACGUGACCCGACUCUGCUACAUCUCCAGCACUGACGGCGGCGACACCUGGAGCGCUGUCACAGACCUCACAAUGAGGGUCAUAGGAGACACUAUCAAAGAAUGGGCCACGUUCGCUCUCGGUCCAGGUCACGGCAUCCAGCUGAAGUCAGGUCGUCUGCUCGUUCCUGCCUACGCCUACCACAUCGAGUGCAAAGAGUGCUUCGGACAGCUCUGCCAGACCACUCCUCAUGCCUUCUGCUUUCACAGCGACACCCACGGGAGAAGCUGGCGUUUUGGGGAGGCGGUACCGGGCCCAGAGAGUGUGGAGUGUCAGAUGGUGUCUGUGGACGAGGAGGACGGCACUAAUGUGUUGUACUGUAACGCUCGCAGCCCUCUGGGGUACAGAGUUCAGGCCCUCAGUCUGGACGAUGGAGCCGUGUUCCAGGAGGGGCAGCUAGUGCAGCGGCUGGUGGAGCCUCGAAACGGUUGUCAUGGUAGUAUUAUUGGAUUUCCUGCCCCGUUACAUCUGCAUCAACGCCUUAACAAUCACCUACAGCAACCUGUGAACCGCUCCAGACACUGGACAUCCCACAUGGCCCACUCUUUUCACACCAGUUCUGUUGCAUCCACAUCCAUCACAGCAUCUCAACCUCCAAACAUCACUUCAGCUCUCAAUAGUCUGUCACCCCAUCAUUACUCCUCCCCGGAUUUCCUCACCCCCACCUGGGUAGUGUACUCCCACCCAACGUGGACCACUGCACGCAAGGAUCUCGGCGUGUUCCUCAGCCUUUUUCCCCGUGAUCCAGACAGCUGGCGUGGCCCUUGGGUGAUCUACGAGGGCCCCAGCGCCUACUCCGACCUGGCCUACCUGGAGCUGUCACCCUCACCUGGAGCGCCGCCUGCUGUGGCCUUCGCCUGCCUGUUUGAGUGCGGCACCAAAACCGCCUACGAUGAGAUCUGCUUCAGCAUCUUCACCCUCUAUGAGCUCAUUGACAAUCUGCCUCGAGUUGUGCAGCCGCGAAAUGACGGAUAUAAAAGACAGCAGAGUCAGGCGUCUGAGAUGGAUUGUAGAUGUGAUGCUCAGAAUGUUUUCCAGCAGGUACCACAUGUGAAGAAGAGGAGAAAGAAGAGCAAACUGAUGGAGAUGUGCUCUGUUUCUUAAAUAUAGUCUUUAAUAUAGUCUUUAAGCUUGUAAUGCGCAGAUUUGAUAUAGUUUUCUAUAUAUACUCAGUGGCUACUUUAUUAAUCAAAUAUUAAUCUUCCGCCAUAAGGUUUACUGUCAUGAUGCCUGUAAAGUUCAGGUUUAGACAAAUAUAGAGUUCUGCUCUGUAUAACUCUGACCUCAGUAAUAAGACAAACAUCUGAAUUUAGACAAUUCCAACAUAAACUGAACAUUUACAUUCAGAAUCUUAGAAUUUACGACUGAACUGUGGUAAAAAUGUAAAUAUACUGUAGAUGUACGGUGCCUUUACAAAGCAUGGGAGUUCUCCUAUUUUAUUGCUUUUCAGAACCGGUCAAUUUAAAUUGGCUGUUUGGACAUGAAUUUACAAAAAAAAAGACUAAUGUCAAAGUGACAGAUUUUAACAAAGAAAUGUCUAUUAAUUCUAAAUAUGACAUGUAAAAUAAAUGUGACUGUACAAGAAAGAGGCUGAUAAGAAAGGCCACCAUGAUACCUAUGACUCCACUGAAGGAGUUAUAACUUUAGUGACUGAGAUGGGAGAGUCUGAGGAGUCAAAGAUUUAUGGGAUAUUGGCAAAGAGAAAGCCACUGAUGAAAAAGUCCAAAUUAAAUCUCGACUAAAGUUUGCCAGAAAGCAUGUGGGAGGCUCUGAAGUCAAGUGGAAGGAGGUUCUUUGGUCUGAUGAGACCAAAAGUGAGUUUUUAGCCACCAGCUUAGACACCAAACACUGCAUAUCAUCUCAAAUACAACAUCCCCACUGUGAAGCAUGGUGGUGGCAGCAUCAUGAUGUAGGGAUGCUUCUUAGCAGCAGGUCCUGGAAGGCUUGUAAAAGUAGAGGGUGAAAUGAAUGAAGCAAAGUAUGAGGAAAUCUUUGAGUGCAACCUGACUGCAUCUGCAAGACAAUUGUGACUUGAGAGAAGAUUUGUUUCCCAGCAAGACAACGACCAAAGCAUACAGCCAAAGCUACACAGAAAGGGUUUAGAGACAACAAGGUGAUUGUUCUGGAGUGGCCGAGUCAGAGCCCAGACCUGAAUCCAACGGAGAAUUUGUGGCUGGACUUGAAAAGUGAUCCCUGUGCAACCUGACAGCUUUCCAAACUGGCUUGCUGAGACCUAUCCACACAGGCUCAAUGGGGUAAUUACAGCCAAAGACACAUCUACGAAAUACCGACUUGAAGGUUGUGAAUACUUAUGCAAUCAUUUAUUUUUCAAUUUAUAAUGUGUUUUAACUUUGACAUCAAAGAAUCUUUUUGUAAAUUGUUGUCAGAGAGGCUUGACGAUGAUUCACUGUUGAAAAGCAGUAAAAUGGGAAAACUCUCAUAGGGGGGCAAAUACUUCUAAUAGGCCCUGCAGAUAUAGAAAUAAUAAUAAAUAAUAAAGUGGCCACUAAGUCAACAUCCACCAUGUUUUCUUUUGCACUGUACAUCCUGCUGACAAGAGUGGCUGGUCUUAUGACUAAUGCAGAUUCUGUAGUGUUAUUGAGUGGGUUUUAGUUGCAGUAUCUGCAACACAAUAUGAGAUGAAAAGCCUUUCAGUUCAGUUCAGUAUGUUGAGUGUCUGUUAUGAUUUUGUAAAACACAUAAAAUGUCAUUAAAAUUCCCAACCCUCAAAUUUUUCUCUGUUUAGUGGGAGUGUUCUUUAGCUAAUGGUGCUUAGAGCCGAUGGGAAAUUAAUCAGAAACCACUCAGAUUCCACUUUUUGCAGUGUGAAGAUAUGUUGUCUGUGAAUGGAAUAUUUUGGAAUGAUAUUUUCAAAUAAGUAACCUUGAAGUAUAACUUUUGGGGUCAUUUUUCCAUAUUUGUUAAUGUUUCAUAGACUAAAUUAAGAAAAUAAAUGCUACAUUAAUUGAUAAAGAUGGUGGUGAUUCAGAUGGGAGCAUGUCAAAGCUAUGUCCUUUGUUUAUGCAAGUAAAAGUACACAUAUCAGCAUCAAAAUACACUUAAAAUACACAAAAUAAUUACUUCAGGGAAUGGCAUGUUUCUGAAUAAAGAAUAUUAAAUUAUUAGAUUGUAAUUACUGAUGCAGUAUUAUGUUCACUGUAGUACUGAGUGUGGUAAAGUUGGUUUAACUAUAGAUACAAGUACUUUACCUACUGAGCCGCUUAUGGAUUCCACCUUGGAGAUCAACAAAGUUUUAUGUUUAAUUUGUAAUCUUGCAUCAUAAUGUGUUUGUUGAUUAUAUUUUGCAACAUUAAACAAAAUCUGCAAAGUAACUAAAGU